AUUUCCAUCUAAAAUUAAUAAAAAAUAUUCAGAAUGAGAGAGAAGUCAUCCAAUCCACCACUAUAAAUAAAAUUACAAAGAUUCAAGUCGGAACAUGGGUAUUCAUCGUUCUCCUAGAAGCUAAUGAACUUGGUUAACUAAGCGAUACUACCCUUUUGCUAUCGGAGCGUGUGAUUAAUCCCAGUCUCCCCCACUCCCUCCAACUCUGUGAAUUCAUUUUUUUUUUUGGUGGGUGUCAUGGAUACAAAGGUUCUUUCUUCUGGAAUCCACUACUCUAGUUUGCCAGAAAGUUAUGUGAGACCUGAAUCUGAGCGUCCCCGCUUGUCUGAAGUGUCGCAGUGCGACAACGUCCCAGUCAUCGACUUAGGGUGUGAGGACAGGAGCCAUAUUGUACAACAAAUUGCUCUUGCCUGCAUCAACUAUGGUUUCUUUCAGGUUAUUAAUCAUGGAGUAUCGAAAGAAGCGGUGGAAAGAAUGUUACAAGUAGCGCAUGACUUCUUUGGUUUGCCGGUGGAGGAGAAGAUGAAGCUUUACUCAGAUGACCCUUCCAAAACAAUGAGACUUUCCACCAGUUUUAAUGUUAAAAAGGAGAAGGUUCAUAACUGGAGAGAUUACCUACGAUUACACUGCUAUCCUCUCCACAAGUAUGUUCCUGAGUGGCCUUCCAACCCUCCUUCCUUCAAGCAAAUCGUAAGUGAUUACUGUGUACAAGUUCGAGAGCUUGGUUACAGAUUACAAGAGCUAAUAUCAGAGAGCUUAGGCCUGGAAAAAGAUUACAUAAAGAAGGUUCUAGGGGAGCAAGGGCAGCAUAUGGCCGUGAACUAUUACCCGCCAUGCCCGGAACCAGAGCUGACAUACGGAUUGCCUGGACAUACAGACCCCAAUGCUCUUACGAUUUUACUUCAAGACCUCCAAGUGGCGGGUCUUCAAGUUCUCAAAGAUGGCAAGUGGCUUGCUGUUAAUCCCCAACCAAAUGCUUUUGUCAUAAACAUUGGUGAUCAAUUACAGGCAUUAAGUAAUGGGACGUACAAGAGCGUGUGGCAUCGGGCAAUCGUAAAUGCCGAUAGGCCAAGGAUGUCUGUUGCUUCCUUCCUCUGCCCUUACGACCAUGCCCUGAUCAGCCCUGCAAAGCCUCUCACCCAAUAUGGAUGUGGAGCCGUAUACAGGGAUUUUACUUAUGCUGAGUAUUACAGUAAGUUCUGGGGCAGGAACCUGGACCAAGAACAUUGUUUGGAACUUUUCAAGAACUAAUCGCUUGGUCCUUGCCUACUUUUCAAGAACUUGGCCAGUUAUUUCCUCCUAGCUGCCCCUUUACAAUGCUACUUGUCCUGGUGCAGAAAGAUGGUUUUUUUUUUCUUUACCAGAAAUGCAAAAACCGAAAUUUCACUAAACACCCCUUAAUAAUAAGGCAAUGCAGCAUAUUGCUAUAUUGCUGGCUGGCGAUGGCUACCCACUGUAACUUAUCCUUUUGUAGAAACUUCCCUACUACUGCUGCUUGUGGUUUGAUUCUUGGUCCACGUGUCAUUAUUUUGUAAUGAAAAUAAUAUUGCACUUCCUUUAUUAUUAUGGUAUAAAAUUGUUCUACGCAUUACAAUGCUAUCUGUCGAUGAAACGAUUCAAACUUUUACACAAAACAGCGACAGUGCGCAAGCUUAACAGUGCACCAGUCCUGGCCUGCCACAAAUGCUUGGGGCUUAAAGCUAUGGGCUAGAGGUUGGCUUGUUGCCAACUGUCUUUUGCUAACAUAUUGGACCUCAUGGGUUAGAUAGUUAUUGCAUUUGGUCUUUUAAGUCUGAUGGUAAAGUAUCUUGGCGAGCACCGGGAGAUCUCAUGGUGGAUUUCUUGUCAGGUCCCAUGACCACAAUCCCACCAUCAAUUGCUUUUCGACCAUUUAAGUAGAUUUUUGUUUACUAGUUCUCAUGUUUAAAACGUUGCCCUUCUCUCUCUACCUCUCUCCUGUAUUCUUGUAUCACCGCAAUUCUUGUUUUAUGUUGUUAUCUUAGGCUCCGUUUGUUUGCUAGUAAAAUAUUUUCCGGAAAAAUAAUUUUUAAAAAAUAAUUUACUUUUUUAGAAA